ACUAUUAUUCUUUUUAAAUUAAACUUAAAAGGAUUUUUGUAUCGCGUUUUUUUAAUCGUACAUAGAGGGCUCUGUUGACCAGUACUCAAGAAUGAUCACGUGUGUUGUAGAUGUUUGAUGUCGUUAUUUAAAAGUUAUAAAAUGUUUUUCUCCCCAGUAAGAUAUCUGAAGAAAAGCCUUUGUACUUUUCAAAAAGUGCGAAGCAUAAGUCAAACUUCAAAUAUUAUUGCAGUAGAAAAACUAACGGGCAAUCAUGAAGGCAUUGUUACGGUAGGUUUUAAUAGACCAGAAGCUAAAAAUGCUUUAAGUAAAAAUGCUGUUAGUACUUUGACUGAAACAUUUACCCAAUUGAAAUUUGAUAAGAAUGUUCGAGUAAUUAUUCUUCACAGCUUAGUCAAAAAUGUCUUUUGUUCUGGAGCUGAUUUAAAAGAAAGAGCUGCAAUGCCGGAAGCUGAAGUUGCCCCGUUUGUAGCCAAAAUUCGCCAAUCUAUUACCGAUCUACAAGAGAUCCCCGUUCCUACAAUCGCUGCUAUUGAUGGAUAUGCCCUUGGAGGAGGUUUAGAAAUCGCUCUUGGAUGUGAUUUACGUGUAUCUUCAUCUUCAGCCAAAAUGGGUUUGGUUGAAACCAAAUUAGCGAUCAUUCCAGGUGGUGGUGGUACGCAACGCUUACCACGCAUUGUUGGACCAGCUAUCGCAAAAGAACUUAUAUUCACUGCUCGUAUAAUUGAUGGUAAGGAGGCUUUCAGAAUCGGUUUAGUGAAUCACAAUGUGGAGCAAAACGAGGACGGAAAUUCUGCUUUCCUAAGAGCCAUAUCCUUAGGAGAGGAAAUUGCUCAACAAGGGCCAAUUGCUCUUAGAUUAGCCAAGCAGGCAAUUAACAGAGGAAUGGAAGUUGAUAUAAAUAAUGGAUUGGCCUUUGAAAUGGCUUAUUAUACUCAAACUGUUGGUACAAAAGAUCGUGUUGAAGGUCUUAUGGCGUUCAAAGAAAAACGUCCACCUAAGUUUACUGCUGAAUAACUAUUUCCAAACAUUCUAUGAUUGCACUUUCAAAUAAAAAUUUCCGUUAAAGUUUACGGGGAUGUUUCCCUAUCGUGAUCUGUAGUGCAAACUACAUUCUUCGUGUGCCAAAAGGAUUUUAAACUUGCAAAAUUUUUUAAAAAAAGCAUGUAAAAGUUGUACCGUGGUGGCUACAGGAUAUACGCUUUAACUUAGUUCCGUUCUAUGAUUUUUAUUUUUUUUUUAGUUUCUCGUUGGUUGCCUUAACUUGUGGUUAAUUUGCCCCAGAUCACAUUACAGAAAUU